CAUGGCAACUCCACCGAGACAGAAGCAGAAGCAGAAGCAGUGAAGAACAAGGUAGAACUCCUCAUGAGAAGAAACACGCAGGGUAGCAUAAGCGACACUGUUUUUCAAAUACUCUCCAUAAUUAACCAACACCCGAAAAACAAAAACGUGUACAUAAAUAAAAAAAUUUUAAUUUCCUUCCACACAUUGUUAAUAAAAAAAAAAUACCAUUUGACCAUUUCCAAGGGGGGCAUAUGCAACGAUCUUCACCCAACCAUCUUUCAUUACAUCCACUACAAUGCCAGUCUGCACUUAAAGCAUUAUCAAUUAAGUAACGUCAGCGAGUUGCUUCGUGGCUUGUCUAAGUACUUGCACAGGGUGAACCCUAGUGAAAGCACUAAACAGUUAGUUGAAAAUAUUUUUUAUUUUCACUUCUUUUCCCACUUUAAUUAUUUUUAUUAUAUUCGAAGAAGGGGGAGUCUCGAUUCGUUUGGUGGGGACCAUGAAGGGGGUGCAUUAUUCCCCAAGAAGAGUGGGCGCAUCUACGAAAGGGAGGAGUUUCCGCCGGGAGGGCACAAAAAGGGUGAGAAUUUUCCCAAAAAGGGUAUUCACACUGAGGGUUAUUGCCACCCCGGGGAGAGGAACCCUUCUGACGGAAUAGCACUCCAGGUGGGGACCCCUCCAAAUGGGAGACUCACCGAAUGUCCACUUAAACCAAGUAGCCGAUGUGGUCAUCCUACUCAGAGGGACCAAGUCACCUUUGGGCACCUCAACAGUUACGUCGUUUUUCUGAGCAACCAUCCGAUGUACGCCUCGGAGAAGGUCCUACACACCAUUUCGUUACUCGCGAAUAAAGUUAUCCAAGGAGAUAUAAGCCCCCAAUUGGCACUCUCCUUUUUGUCCUCAAGCAUGAACAUCUUUGAUAAACAGAAGGGGGACAGGCGGAAGAUCCUCCUGCACAGAAAAGUGAACUACGACAUAUUGUACGCUAUCAUGAGGGAGUGGAACGAGCAAGUGGGGGGAGUAGCCCCAGGGGAAGUAGUCCCAGGAGGAGUAGCCCAGAAGGGGGAGCAACGCAGGAGGGUCCACCCCACAAGUACCCACAUGAACGAUGCAGAGAAGAGCGCCCCUCCACUCUUCGUGCCAAACUUGUGGACCUACUCACAUAUAAUCAAUGUUUUGAAAAUUUUGAAAUUGAAGAAUUUCCUUUCUUCCAAAUUUUCCUUUUCGGGGGACGCGGAAGACUGUCUAGUGCAGCUCUUCAACGGAGCGAUGAGUCUUUUGGGCAGGUUCUUCACUCAUGGUUCCUCUCCCGACAUGACGGGCGAAGAAGUAUGUGCCUCUCCCGAUAUGUUGUGGGCAGAAGUAUGUGCCUCUCCCGAUAUGACGUGGGAAGAAGUAUGUGCCCCUCAUUGGAGCACGGCCCCCACGCAGAACGAGCUCAACAGCAUUGCAACGAUCUACGUCAACAUGGCAAUCCUCCUCAGCGAAGUAAAAAAUUCUUGCACCCUCCGUUCGUCUCUUAUGCCCAUACUGAACAGCUGCUACAGCAUUGUGCGCACCUACUACCCCAUGCUGCACGAAAAUAUGAUCAUAAAUCUGAUCAGGGGAAUGUACUACCAGAUGGCAGCAUACUCGGAGAUGAGUUCGUUUAGAAGUUGUUUCUAUGAAAUGGAGGGAGUGGAGGAGGAAAAAGACGACCCCCCCUAUGGGAACUACCCCUGUGGGAACGACCGCUCAAGGAACGACCGCUCAAGGAAUGGAGAAGCACCACUCGUGGUGCCUAAAGAGGUGUUACACCUCCUUGGGGAGGUAACUAACUGUAUGCUAUUUCCAAGCAGAGAAGAAAAAAGGCUACCCACGAACAAACUGAUAAUAGUGCUGCAUUACCUGCAUAAAGUGAACAACAUUUGCCUUCCCUUCACCAACAACGACAUGCUGAAAGGACGCAUUUUAAAACUUUUGCACGAAAUUGGGAAGCAAAUUAAAAGAGAAGAAGCAACUGUGUCGAAGCACCAUUUAUUAAUAUUGCUCAACAUAGAGUUGUCUCAGCGAGGUGGCCAACUGAAUGUCCCCCUCCUCCACGCAUGUCUUAGCCGUCUGAAAAAUGGCACGUCCGACCUCUUUCAGAACGAAGCGGAGAUCAUUUUAUUUCUCUACUUUUUGAAGAAAUUUCGGGAGGCAACGAAGAUUUAUGUUGACUACAGUCAAAGUGAAAACCCUAGCCAACAAGGUGGCACGUUCCUCUUUUCCAGAGAGGAGACCCCUAACAGGCGCAUUAGUCUAGAUGAGGUCAACAAAAUGGUCACCCAGUUGGCGGAUAAAGUUACUCGUGUGGUUUUCUUCCCCUGGGACGGCACAAAAAUGGGCCCCACCAGGGUGCCCAGCUUGGCCAACUCCGGCAGUUCGCCCAGUUCGCCCUGCUCGCCCAGCCGGUUUAACCAGACACCCCUCACAAAGGGCCCCCCCACAAAAAGGUACCCCCUCAGAGUGUACUUCCUGGCGUAUGAACAUAUCUCCCCAAAUUACCCAAAUGAGGAACUCGUAAAGGAUGCUUUACUGAACCAGUUAACGCGACUCAUGCAGUUUCAAGAGGGGAAUCUAACCGAGGAUGAUUUCUUCUCCAUUAUAUCCUCCCUGUUGAAGCACCGAAUUGUGGACCAUACUGCUUACUUGCUAUAUGACUCUUUUUUGCGGUCACGCGGGGGGCUCCUCCAGAUGAGGUCUGAAGUGAAGUGUGAUAUGAAGUCUGAUAAGAAGUGUGAAGUGAAAUCUGAUAAGAAGCCUGAAGUGAAGCCUGCCAUGAAGUACGUCUUCUUACUGCUGAAGCGCAUUUUGGAGGAAAUGUCCGGGGGGAACUUACUCAACAUAUGCACUCCCGCUUCGCCAUCCCAAGUUGGUGCAGACUCCCCACUGUUAUCCAUCAUAACCACGUCAAGCGAGCUCAUCCUGCAUGAUAAACAGUACAAUGAAAAUUUCCCCUUUUUCAAAGAGAUCUUACACGUCUAUCUGGAGAAGUACCCAUAUUUUGGAGAGAUCAUCCCCCAAUUUAAUCUCUUCCUUUUUGCCUACUUCAACAACGUUGUAUGUACAAUGGAACACUUAAGUGAACAUGAGCUCUGCAGACUGGUAUACCACAUGGCUAGCUUUUACUACACAAUUAAUAAAUUUUCACGUGAUGGGUUAGGUGUAUGCGGGGUAGAGACAAAAAAUAACUCAAGUUGCAUCAUGGUUGCAAAUGAGUGGGGGGAAAAAAAAGAGGUAAAAAUUGGGGACGGCUCCAUCGGUUCGUCACACCGCCUAAUACCUUCGCCUCCCCACAACGGAGCGAAGACGGAUGGUGCCUCCCAUGUGAACAGUCAGGAGGAUACCACCCACCACUCGGGGAAUGACAAAAUGAUCAGUUACAACGAGCAGGACAUGGGAAAGAAACUGCUCCAACAGAUUAACUGCCUCUUGGAUGCAUUAUACACGGAGGAACUAAAACGUCAGGCACGAAAUGAUCACAUGAAAUUAUCACUCAGUAACAUUAUUCAAGUGUUUGUUUCUUUGAAGAAUGUCAAACUGAGACACACCGACUUGAUGCGUGUACUGUCGGAAAGGUGUAUCUCCAUCAUGUUUUCCCAACGGAGGACCAUAAAGCUAGAGCUGCAGAUUCGAUUCCUUAACAGCGUGGUAUUUCUGGACUACCUAAAUGCCGUCGAUGAGGCCUUUCUACGCUUGGCUCCUUACCAUACACGUGUAGCCAACAACACCUCCUUGCAACUGGGGCAUAUCCUCUAUGCACAUUUCCAGCAGCUGCCCAGACAAGCUAUAUACACGCCAAACAUUUCGACGUACCUUCUCAACUUCGUCUCCAUCCUGGAUUAUCUACCCUUCGAGCAUCAGAGAAGAGGUAGUCGGAAAGCCGCAUUUUGGGUUUGUGAACUCCUUCAAAUAUUCUCUCGUAAAGCAGUUGGACGUUCCACGAGCAUCUCUACACAGAGUAGUAAAAACCAUGGGUGUUACUCUCCCUCCAUGACCAAUCUUGACAAGCGAAACGUCCUUUUGCUCCUCAGCCUCCUACACCUGGGUAAGUACUCACAUGUCAACAUUUCGACAUUUCCCCUGACGUUCUUGCAGCAGUUUUAUAGCCAUUUCGUUCUAAGCGAAUUCGCUCACCUCCGUGUAAGUUCAACAGUGAGGUCCUCCUCCACCCAUCAGAGUAUUCACAAAAUUUUUGAGACUUAUCUACGGAAGGAAUUCCCCCGCUAUGAUAUUUACAACGAAGAGGAGGUACUCCUGUUCAAGGUGGACUUGGUGAUCCGGGCGAGGCGGCACAGUGAUGUGCCUACAUGCGUGUGUUGA